AUGUCUCCGGCGGAAAGGCAAUUUGACAGCUCCAUGUCCGCUGGCCCUUCUUCCCCAACCACCGAUUCCGAUCAGCCCGCGGCUCCCUGGUAUUCUUUGCUUCACUGGAACGACCUCCCUCACUGGCAGCAAGACAAUCAGCACAUACACGGCAGCUAUCGACAGGCGUCAUAUAGUUACACACGCUCGUUGCAGAGCAUUCUUCACUGGCACAAUGAGAGCAUCAAUAUUUGGACUCACUUGGUCCCCGCCACGCUCAGUCUGCCGGUGGCUGCUCUGCUCUAUAGGGUUCUGCUACCAAGAUAUGAAAGAGCCUCCGCCGCAGAUGUGAUAGCAAUGAGCUGCUUCUUCUUCGGCGCCGCUUGCUGUCUUGGUCUGAGCGCCUCCUUCCAUACAUUCUCGAAUCACUCCCCGCAGGUCGCCAAAUUCUGGAAUCAGCUGGACUAUGCCGGCAUCGCUGUGCUUAUUACGGGUUCUUUCGUCCCGAGUAUCUACUAUGGUUUCUGGUGUAAUCCGGGAAGGCAAUGGACCUACUGGACCAUGAUCUGCACCUUGGGUAUUGCGUGUACAGCAACAUCUGUGCUGCCUCGCUUCAGAACCCCAACUUGGAGGCCAUACAGAGCAUUGAUGUUUGUUGGCAUGGGAAUCUCCGCCGUUAUCCCGGUCGUGGACGGGGUGAGGACAUUCGGAUUGCAUGCUAUGGAGCAGCAGAUCGGGCUGUCCUGGGUAGUGUUGCAAGGCUCACUGUAUAUCCUGGGAGCCGGUUUAUACGCUGCUCGGUUUCCGGAAGCUUGGUAUCCUGGCAGAUUUGACACUAUAGGAAGCUCACACCAGUUAUUCCACAUCCUCAUAGUAUUGGCGGCAAUGUCGCAUCUUAGAGGCCUCCUGAAGGCUUUUGAUUAUCGACACGGGAUCAUGGGGUCGAUAUGUCUGUGA